CUUGUGUUCACCGACCCGCCCUGUUAUCGUGUGCUCGGUGAUAUAACAGUGACAUCAAUCUGCUGCGAACCAGACCGUACCUGUGCCAAGUUAAACAAUCAAAGCCGUGCAUAAGGUGCCCUGUGAAUUCACACACCCAUGCAAAAACACAUGCCCGCAUAUUUUUCUCUAGGGACGCUGGAGUUUAUUUGGCAGGGAACCUGUCAUGAUCUGUGCAUGUCAUUUUUCUCACCAACUUGCUGUGCUGGGAGUUUUUACAGACCUUGCACCUUUUUUGCUAGAGGGGCAAACAUUUCGGCUCAUUUCAGACUCCAUCCGAGCACAGACCGACUACUAGCUUGCGCGAAACAGCCUUAAGACGUUGAAGUCUUAUUAAGCAUCUGUUCAUAAGGGAUAUGAAGCUGGUUGCAGGGUUAGCCGUGCUGUGGCUGUGGGUUGCAGAGGCCGUGGAAAACUGCCCCAGUGCUUGCAAAUGCACCCAGAAAUCUAGUACCGAAAAGACUGAAGUCAGUUGUCAAAAGAGGGGGCUUGAGAGCAUCCCACCCCAGCUCCCUCUGGACACAUGGAUCCUAAAAAUGGGGGAAAAUAUACUGCAGGACCUCCCAGCCAACAUCCUGAGCUCCGUCCCAAAAAUUGAGAGCUUAAACUUAGAACGAAACUCAAUCAAGUCAAUACACCCUCAAGCAUUUGAUGGAGCCCAGCGACUGAUGCUUCUGAAUCUGCAAGGAAACCGAAUGUCCAAACUCCCAGUGAAAGGCUUCAAAGAUCUCCUAAACCUACGCUUUCUCAUGCUAGGCCAGAAUCAGAUAGCUAGCCUGCAACCUAACAUAUUCAUUGGCAUGAGGAACCUCUCAGAGCUGGAUCUGCCCCUGAACACCCUCACUGCUCUGCCACCAAAUGCAUUCAAGCCUCUGAUUGCCCUCAAAGUCCUAGAUCUAGCCUUGAACCGCAUCCAAAGCAUCUCACCCAAAGCCUUUGUUGGACUCGACGAGCUGCUUUUUCUCAAUUUGGACAACAACAAGCUGAAGAAUAUCCAAGCAGGGACUUUUGGACCCCUGGUUGCUCUUGAGAUGUUGGUGCUAGACAACAAUUUGCUCUCCACACUUACCGCGGACGCGCUGGAAGGUCUUUCCAACCUGCAGGAGCUCUAUGUGAGAAAGAAUGAAAUUGAGAGUCUGCCAGCUGACGUGUUUCGCCACACACCUAAACUUACUCACGUGGGGUUAAGUGGGAAUCGGCUUCAUGCCAUUGAUGGAAACAUGCUAGCCAACAUGCAAGGCUUGAAGGAGGUGUUUCUGCACGACAACCCAUGGAAAUGUGACUGCAGUAUCAACUCACUGGUACAUUACAUAGCUCAGAUGAGGGCUAAUCACUCUCCUCUGCAAAGACUUCAGUGCACUAGCCCAGAAGAGUUUCGUGAUAGACCUAUCCACCAGCUGAAAUCUGAUGAACUUCCCUGCAGGGCCUAGAAAAUCCUCACGUCUGAUAUCAUAUCACGAACGACCUCCAAAAGUUGGGAGCACGGUAUAAUAACAGCGUGAUAUUUUCUGCAUUUGAAUGGUGAUGCUUCACAGAACUCCAACCACAAUGACUUUGACAGGUUAAUGAUAGAGCUGCUGUUCUGCAGAUAGUCAUAAUUUUCACCCACACCAUUCGACUAUUUUCAGGCCACCUGGAGAGCAGUACAUCCUACAAAACUAAGGAGGAAAUGUACGUUAGUAAUUCCUCAUACAAAUUAAAUCCCUUUUUUGUAAUAUAUUAAUAAUAAUGUUUUCACAGUCAGCUUAAUAUCACAAAAUAUCCAAUUGAGUGUUUUUGUUAUACAUAUUUUAUAAUUAUUAAUCCAAAGUGUUUUUUAUUUUCCUUUAGCAUCUAUGUAUAAGACGC